GAAAAAUUAAUACAAGCAUAAUUUAAAAAAAAAUGAUUAAUUACGAGGUUAAAGUGAGCCCAUGCCAAUCUCAAAAUAAAAAGGGCUCUGUCGUGAGGGAGCCGACAAAUGUAGUAAUGGCUUUGUUUUCAGCAAAGUCAAUUGUAGAAUUUCGAGAAGUUCCGAUAACAAAGACUGCUAAACGUAUUUUGAACAUCAUAAAUACAGGAAAUGUCGAUAUUCAUGUUAAAGUCACUAAGCCUAUUAAACCACAGCACUGUAUAUCUCUUAAUUGGCAUGAGAAUGUUGUCCCCGCUCAGAGCGAAGUAAAAAUGGAAAUGGUUUGGAGUCCACAAAAGGAAAUAGCUUGUACACAAAUAUUACAAUUAACAGAUAAUAGAAAUUUUCGGAAAGAUAUAAUGGUUAUAAUGAAAACAAGACCAGAACUGCAGAAACCACGAAAAGUUAUCAGAAAAUCUAUAAGUCGUCCCAUUAAUAAUGAAACAUAUAUUGUGACAUCCCCAAAAUUUGUAAAACAUCCUGAUCAAAUGCCAACAGUUUCACAACAAAAACGACGUGCAAGUAUGGGAGAUGCUAUUAAGACAAAACUCCCAAAGGCUCCUCAACAAUCUUCAAUUCCGAAACGGCGAACAAUGUCUUUUGUUAAUAAAACACCUACUACAUAUAAACAAAAUAAUUAUUUCCAAAAAGUUAGUGCAAAUAAUUCUAACAGAACGCCCGUUAAUCCUAUACCUGAUAAUAAAAAAAAUAAAGAUUACAUUAAUUCUUCAAGUCCAGCAAAUGGGUGUGAGUCUUUUGGCGACAACAAGUUCACUCCUCCAAGUACUAAAAUAAAUAAUGAAAAUUUAUACUCAACGCCUAUACGUAAAGAAAACAAUGAACAGAUCAGACGCCAAAGUAAGCGACCUCAGCGUCAAACAUUUUUAAAGUAGAUAAUAUUAUGUUGAAUUCUGGGUUUUGAAUUAUAGAAUAUCUAAAUAUGAAAAAUAUGUGAAGACAUCAUGAAGAAAAUUUUUUUCAAAAAAAAAAUUAAAUAAUUAUAACUAAUUUAAUACUCAUUAUCACCUUCAAUAAUGAGUACACGCAUACCAUUACAUUUCCUUACUUAUUCACUACAAAACGAUGAGGAUCAUACUUCAAUUAAAAUUUUGCUUCAGGAUCUCAGAAGUGAUGUGUCACAUCAGAAUUGUGAAUACAAAUCAAAAUUGAUGUGUAUUGAGCCUAAUUAAAGAUUUAUUAAAUAUUAAUUUACUGAAUUAAAUAACUGCUUUUAUGAAUUUUACACUUUUAUAUAUUUCAAGACUAAACACAAAUAUCUUUUACUUGUAGGAUUUUUGCUUAAUAUAAUUAUUACUUAGUUUUAAUUUGUGUGAAUCAUUCUGUUUAUGUUCAAAUUAUGUGUUAAUAUAUUGUGAAAAUUAAUAUUUGUUCAAUACAUUAAUUUUAAUUAAAUCCCUGAUGUUCAAUUUUGAGUUAUAAAA